AUGAAACCAAACAUUAGCCAUGCCAGUCUAUCACAGGCAUUCUGCACCUUUACCCGUCGGAGCGGCAGAAAUAUUGGUAGUAGAGAGAUAGCUGGAGUGUUCCCUGGUCCCAUCUCUGGUCUCUUCAUCUGCAAUGCGCAGCGACCACCAAUCGCGUUUAAAGCGACGAGAAAGACGACUUAUCGCAUAGAAAUGAAGCGUAGCGCAUCAACAUCACCAACCUCAAAGACAAGCCCAAAAGCCAAGAAGCCCCGAUCAGAAGUACCGGAGUACCACCUGACGCCGUCGGUCCAAGAUGAAUCGGGGAACAUCAUAUGGCCAGCUCCUGCAGCGCAAAUCGAGCGCGCGCGCAAUUUCCUCCUAGACGCCUCGGCGAAGAAAAAGACACUGAUCGUGCCGGACAAAGACGCCGACGGGCUGACCUCGGGCGCGAUCCUGCAAAAGACCCUCGCCCUGCUCGGGCUCAGCCCCGAUCUGAUGGCGGUGCACCUGCUCCAGAAAGGCAGCAACAUCCACGACGAGAAAGAGCGCGCCGCCAUGGCCGCCCACAAACCCGCGUACAUCAUCGUGCUAGACCAAGGCUCCCGCAAAUCGCCCCCCAUCAUCGACGGCCCGCACAAAGCCCUCGUCAUCGACCACCACUGGGCAUCAGGCGACGACGACUUCCCCGAAGGCGCAGCGCACGUCACGGCGUGCCACUCGCCGCCGAUCGCCACGAGCGCGCUGCUGACCUACCACAUCUGCGGCGCCCUGCACGACGGCGUGCAGCGCAGCUGCGACUGGCUAUGCGCGAUGGGGACGCACGGGGACCUGGGCAACACUUUGAAGUGGCAGCCGCCGUUCCCGGACAUGAAGGCGACGUUCAAGGCGCACACGAAGAAGGCGAUCAACGACGCCGUCUCGCUGAUCAACGCGCCGCGCCGCACCGCCACCUACGACGUGCCCGGCGCCUGGGCCGCGCUGACCUCCGCGGCCGCGCCGGCCGAUCUGCUCACGAACACCAGCUUGCUCGCCGCGAGAGCCGAGGUCAACGCCGAGGUCCUGCGCUGCACGCGCGCGGCGCCCAGGUUCUCGCGCGACGGGAAGAUCGCCGUCUUCCGCAUCAGCUCCGCGGCGCAGGUGCACCCCGUGAUCGCGACGCGGUGGGCGGGGCACCUGCAGUCGGCCAAGCUCGAGGUCGUCCUCGUCGCGAACGAGGGAUACCUGCCCGGCCGCGUCAACUUCUCGUGCCGGGUCCCCCGGAGCGCGAGGGCGCGCGAGCCGCCGGUCAAUAUUAUUGAGGUGCUGAACGGGGUUGCGGCGCGGGCGGCGGAUCCGACGUUGCGGGAACGGCUGGGGGAGAACUUUGCGAGGGGGCAUAGGGAGGCGAGUGGGGGGAUUGUGGAGACGGCGCUGUUCGAGGAGUUUGUGGAGGUUUUGGAGGUUGGGGGGAAGGGGAAGGGGGAGGGGAAGGGGGAGGGGGAGGGGGAGGGUGGGAGUUCGAAGAAGGGUAAGAAGGCCAUGAAAGAGUCGGCCCCGACGCAGUCGAAUACUUUGAUGAACUAUUUUGGUAAGGAGGAAGCUGUUGAGGGAAAGACAUAGUAAAGGCACUUUCAUCCUACCCAGGCAGGUAUUUAAUAGUACAGUACCUUGGCACCUAAGUACAUGAUGUAAAUCACAGAUAAAACGAAUAAAAAUGAAACUUGACUUUAAGUCAUCUGAGGAUACAAUAAAAAUAAAAAUAGAAGAUAAUCUAUAAUCUAAAACAAACCAACCCACCUCUCUUGUACACGUUACUGCCCGAUCGAUCCCAAUAACAGCUUCACAUC